GUCCCGGUGACGCGGAGAAGUCUAGAUCAGAAGCUUGCACCUGGUGCGAGUUUUUGCCGAGUUGUGGUUUCUCCUCCAGAUGUUAGACGGACCCCACAGGUAUCCCAGUAGCUAUAAUAAAUCUGCCGUUUUUAUUUUUACUAUCUCACACUUUCCCGCGAGCGAAAAAAAAAACACGAUAAGAUUUCUCUGAAGCGCUCCUGAGGACGGGAUGUCCGCUGAUGUGUAAAGCGGACGGCACCGGAUGGAUGAGCGGACGGAUGGAUGGAUGCACUGGAAUAUUAUAAUGAACUAACUGUUUGAAGGGAUCUGUUGUUCUUGGAUGUUUCUCUCUGGAGUUCCUGAUCUGUGAAAACCAUCUCCAGUCCUGAGGAUCUGAUCACCUGCUAUGCGUCUGGUGUGGAGAAUACCUGGCGGAAGGUGUGCAGCGGGAUUCAGCCUGACAGGACACAACUUCAGCAUCUGAUAACCUAAAGCCCUGCGCAACAUUCGUUUUGCCCCAAUUUUUUUCCAAUUGUGUGCGUGAUGCGCGUGGAAUGAGGACAGAUGAUGGAUGUAAUUUGGGAGAUAUUGAUCAUUCUUCACGCGAACGUUAUUGUGUGCAUAUCAGCUCAACCAAACCCACCAAAAAUUCAUGAAGGAUGGUGGGCAUACAAGGAGGUGGUGCAAGGGAGCUUUGUUCCAGUGCCGUCAUUCUGGGGGCUGGUAAACUCAGCCUGGAACCUGUGCUCUGUCGGAAAGAGGCAGUCGCCAGUCAACAUCGAAACCAGCCACAUGAUCUUCGACCCCUUCCUCACCCCCAUAAAGCUGAACACAGGCGGACGCAAGGUGGGAGGGACAAUGUACAACACAGGCCGCCACGUUUCUCUGCGGCUGGACAAGGAGCAUCUGGUCAACAUCUCCGGGGGGCCGAUGACGUACAGCCACCGCCUGGAGGAGAUCCGGCUACACUUCGGCAGCGAGGACAGCCAGGGCUCCGAACACUUGCUCAACGGACAGGCCUUCUCUGGAGAGGUUCAACUGAUUCACUACAAUCAUGAGCUGUAUACAAACUACACAGAAGCAGCUAAGAGCCCCAACGGACUGGUCAUAGUGUCCAUAUUCAUGAAGAUCGCUGAGACAUCAAACUCUUUCCUGAAUCGCAUGCUGAACAGAGACACCAUCACAAGAAUAACAUAUAAAAAUGAUGCAUAUCUUCUGACUGGCCUGAACAUCGAGGAGAUUUAUCCAGAAACUAAUAGUUUCAUCACCUAUGAUGGAUCAAUGACUAUCCCUCCAUGCUUUGAGACAGCCACAUGGAUCUUGAUGAACAAGCCAGUGUACCUCACACGCAUGCAGAUGCACUCCUUGCGGCUGCUGAGCCAGAACCAGCCAUCUCAGAUCUUUCUGAGUAUGAGCGACAACGUCCGCCCUGUCCAGCCGCUAAACAACCGAUGCAUCCGCACAAACAUCAACUUCAGCAUGCAGGGCAAGGACUGCCCCAACAACAGGGCUCAGAAGCUUCAGUACCGGGUGAAUGAGUGGUUGCUAAAAUAGGGCCCCUCUCCACACCCUGGAUGAGCGAGGAGAAGAAACGAAUGUCUGAGAUGGAAAUCGGAACGAGGCAAGCAGGAGGAAUACUGGAAUGUGGAACUGGACUUAAAGCUUCAUCUCAUCUGAGAUUCUUUCAUGGCAUUGUACAAAGAAAGAAACAAUGGUCAUUUGUUUUGAAUGAGAGAACUUACAAAGAGACUCUUGUUUUCAUACAUUAAGAACUGUUAAAACCCUGAAUCCAACACAUCCUAACAAGCCCUCACCCUCCACUGUAUGACUACACCUAUAUGAACAUUUUGAUACAGAUGAUUUCCUUUUUUUGGGUGGGGACAAUAAAAAAAACACACAAAUUUAAGUGUUAAGAAAAAAAGAAAACUGAAAUCAUUUGAUAGCCUCCUAGCCAACAUGAUAACCUCGGGACUUUGAAGCCUUUGUACAUAAAAAGAUGCUGCCAUCAGUGGAUCCCAUCCGAGAACAAACUCACCAUCAUCAUGAUCCCCACCUGUCACCAGGACUCUCAGAAACAUUUCAUCACAGUCACCCAACAGGGCAUGUAAACAGCAGAAAGCAACAAAGACAACACAGCCUUACUUAGUCAUUAUCCAAAACUGAAUCAUGCAACAGGAAACGAGCAAGCCCAUGCCAGCUCAGAGCCUCUUGGCCUCGUUUGUACAUAUUAUUGCUAUUAUCAAUACUGGAGAAAAAUGAUGAUGUAAAGAAAAAGUGAUGAAUUACAAAAUAAAAAGAUAAAUAAAGAGUAUUUGAAAAAAAAAAUACUAAAGUUAAGAAUUUUAAACAGCUUGGCACACUUUCUCGAGCGGUUCUCAGUGUGAGCUGAUGCCUUUUUUUCUGUUUUUUGUUUACAAUGGUCAUACACUGUGUUUGAGUAAUGUUAUCAGCCCAAUAAAUGUGUCUAAAAAGUC